AUGCGCUACCAAGCAUCUCCAGCACUGGCGAAGGCGCCCCGAGCGCUUCUUUGCAUCCAUGGGGCUGGCUGCUCUCCCGCCAUCUUCCGCGUGCAAUUGUCUAAGCUCCGGGCUGCGCUGCGCGAAGACUUUGAAUUCGUCUACGUGACAGCCCCGUUCCCUUCCUCUGCAGGGCCUGGGAUUCUCCCCGUCUUCGCCGACCUGGGGCCAUAUUACUCAUGGUUUGAAAGCAGCAGCGGCAACAAUAAUAAUGGGCCCUCCGUGGGCGAACGCCUCGCCGCCGUCCACGACCCCAUCCGCCGCACCAUUGUCGACUGGCAGACUCAACACCCCCACAUCCCUAUCGUGGGUGCUAUCGGUUUCUCCGAAGGUGCCCUGGUGACGACCUUGCUCCUCUGGCAGCAGCAGAUGGGUCGCCUGCCCUGGUUGCCCCGGAUGAGUGUCGCGAUGUUGAUCUGCCCCUGGUAUCAAGACGAGGCAAGCCAGUAUAUGAGGAACGAAGUGAUGGAGAACCAUGACGACGACCACGACAGCAAAGAUACCGAGUGGCAGGAGGAACUGGUCAUUCGGAUACCGACAUUACAUCUGCAGGGUCGCGAUGAUUUUGCGCUCGCAGGAUCGAAGAUGCUGGUGGCGCGCCAUUUCUCCCCCCGAGAGGCGCAGGUAUUGGAGUUUGCUGGGCAGCAUCAGUUUCCCAAUCGACCGCGCGACGUGUUGGAGGUUAUUAAUCGUUUUCGUAAGCUGUGUGUGACGGUCCAGACAUUGGAGUAG